CCGCCAUGGAGCUCCGGGCCCGCGGCUGGUGGCUGCUGUGCGCCGCCGCCGCGCUCCUCGCCGGCGCGAGCGGGGAGCCCGCGGGCCGGAGCCGGAGCUGCGGCGAGGUCCGCCAGAUCUACGGGGCCCGGGGCUUCAGCCUCAGCGACGUGCCGCAGGCGGAGAUCUCGGGCGAGCACCUGCGCAUCUGCCCCCAGGGCUACACCUGCUGCACCAGCGAGAUGGAGGAGAACCUGGCCAACCGCAGCCGAGCCGAGCUGGAGACCGCACUGCGCGACACCAGCCUGGCCCUGCAGGCCGCCCUGGCUGCCCAGCUCCGCGGCGUGGACGACCACUUCCAGCAGCUACUGAACGAGUCGGAGCGCAGCCUGCAGGACGCCUUCCCCGGGGCCUUCGGGGAGCUAUACACGCAGAAUGCCGCUGCCUUCCGGGACCUGUACGCAGAGCUUCGCCUCUACUACCGGGGCGCCAAGCUGCACCUGGAGGAGACGCUGGCCGAGUUCUGGGCGCGGCUGCUGGAGCGCCUCUUCAGACAGCUGCACCCCGGGCUGCUGCUGGCCGAUGACUACCUGGACUGCCUGGGCAAGCAGGCCGAGGCCCUGCGGCCCUUCGGGGACGCCCCGCGGGACCUGCGCCUCAGGGCCACCCGCGCCUUCGUGGCCGCCCGCGCCUUCGUGCAGGGCCUGGGCGUGGCUGGCGAUGUGGUCCAGAAGGUGGCCCAGGUGCCUCUGGGCCCAGAGUGUUCCCGGGCCGUCAUGAAGCUGGUCUACUGUGCCCACUGCCUGGGCGUUCCUGGCGCCCGGCCCUGCCCCGACUAUUGCCGAAACGUGCUGAAGGGCUGCCUUGCCAACCAGGCCGACCUAGACGCCGAGUGGAGGAAUCUUCUGGAUUCCAUGGUGCUCAUCACGGACAAGUUCUGGGGCCCGUCGGGGGCGGACAGCGUUAUCGGCAGUGUGCACGUGUGGCUAGCAGGAGCCAUCAACGCCCUCCAGGACAACAAGGACACACUCACGGCCAAGGUCAUCCAGGGCUGCGGGAACCCCAGAGUCAACACUCAGAGCCCUGCGGCUGAGGAGAAGCGGCGCUGGGGCAAGCUGGCCCUGCCGGAGAAGCCCCCCACGGGCAUGCUGGAGAAGCUGGUGUCUGAGGCCAAGGCUCAGCUCCGCAACAUCCAGGACUUCUGGAUCAGCCUCCCGGGGACCUUGUGCAGCGAGAAGAUGGCCAUGAGCCCGGCCAGUGACGACCGCUGCUGGAACGGGAUGGCCAAGGGGCGGUACCUCCCCGAAGUGAUGGGCGAUGGCCUGGCCAACCAGAUCAACAACCCCGAGGUGGAGGUGGACAUCACCAAGCCGGACAUGACCAUCCGGCAGCAGAUCAUGCAGCUGAAGAUCAUGACCAACCGGCUGCGCGGUGCCUACAGUGGCAACGAUGUGGACUUCCAGGACUCCAGCGAUGACAGCAGCGGUUCAGGUAGCGGCGGCGGCUGCCCAGAUGACGUCUGUGGCCGAAGGGUCGGCAAGAAGAGCUCCAGUGCCCGGACGCCCUUGACCCACGCCCUCCCUGGCCUGUCGGAGCGGGAGGGGCGGAAGAUCUCGGGGGCCUGCCGCUGCCAGCCCCGCCCCCUGCUCCUGCUCCUGCUCCCCAGCCUGGUCCUCGCGGUGGCCAGGCCGUGGGGGCGGUAACCGCCCCUCUGCUCUGAGGACUAUGGCCGAGGACUGCCUUUGCCCACACAUGCAACGGAGAUAUUUAACGGCCCUGGGCCUGCAGAGGCCCAGGACGGGGGACGGUGGCUGUGUGCUGGGCAGGGGGUAUGGGGCCCUGGCGCCCCGGGUCUGGCCUUGCCUGCCUCCCUGGCUUUUAAUUUUGUAUGAGGUCCUCAGGUCUCCCGGGAGCCAGUGUCCCCUACAGCCAUGUAUUUCAGGGACCCCGGGGCUCCUCUGACUCCCCCACACACC